AUGACGGGCAAACGAUUCACAGAGGACCAGAGGGUCCUUCUCGAAAGGAUGCUGACUCUCAAGGACAAACUGAGCAACCAUGACAUCGCCUUUAUUCUGGGCUUUGAUGAGCGUACCAUUCGGCGAAGAAGAUAUGAAUUUGAUGCCAACGGCAAGAUCGCACCACCACCCGAUGUCAGCAAGAAUGCCGAGAAACUUAAGGCCGAAAACCUCGAGAAACUUGUCGAGUGGCUCAAGGACAAUGACGAUGCAUUGAUAGAGGACAUGCAAAAGUUCCUCAAGGAGGCCUGCAACUGCAACGUCAGCAAGGCCACUAUCAGCAGACAGCUGAAUAAAGCUACCAAAGAGAACAGGCAGCUGGGCCGCGUCAAGCGUCUGAAGGCCCGGGCCAAGAGGGCGGCCGAGGGCCGUAACUUUGACUUCACCACUGCUCGUUCCACUUCGCGGAGUGUGACUGCCAGCGUGGAUAGAGAUAGCACCGUCGGUGAAUUGCAAUCACAAGAAGAGAAACGGCAAGGACAACAGCAACAGGAUCAGCAACAGCCACAACAAGGAUCAGGGCAUCUCCAACAACAACAACAACAACAACAACAACAACAACAACAACAACAACAACAACAACAACAACAACAACAACAACAACAACAACAACAACAACAACAACAACAACAACAACAACAACAACACGUAACCAUACCUCUAAUUUCAGACAACAUGAACCCCAACCACCGCCCUGGCGACGAUCCAUCAACGGAGAAACAAAAAGGGCGGGUAGCCAGGUCCAGGUAUCCUCCUUUGUGUGAAUGGGCGAUGUUUGCUAACUGUCCAUGUCGCCAACCCUUCCCCUCGUCAUCUAUCUAUAUUGGCAUCAUGCAUGUUUCCGGCCGUCGGCUUCCCGAUGAGCAAAUGUUUCGUCGGCGCGAUGCGCUACGGCUCCGGCGAUGUGCGGUACCUACCUACCCUACAUUGCGGCAUCUUUCCUAG